AAUCAGAGUUAAAAACGCCCCCUUCCUACACCGAUCGUCAAAAAAUCUCACGUGCUUCAUAAAACCCCCCAAACAAAUUUGACACGGAAUAAUUGCCGAAUCUGUUGUGUAGAUAAACAUAUUUAUUCAGUAUCAUUUGAUAUACAUUAUAUGAAACACAGUGCGAAUUCCAAAGAAAAGCAAAAAUAACGGAUAAGCAACUAUAAAACGAAAGUGGAUUUUCCACUAAAUGGAAACUAAAGAAGUUAGAACAACAGUAUUUGCCGGGAUUAAGAUAUAAAACGACCAUCAAUAGAAAAAAAUGGCAGAAUCAUUAACAACACCAGAGAAGUUAAUGGUCGCUGCAAUUGAUUUCGGAACUACAUUUUCUGGCUAUGCGUUUGCUUUCCGAAAUGAUUACAUCAAGGAUCCGCUCAAGAUUAACGGUAAUCAGUGGACCAUGGGCUCCCAGGCCGGAGUCUCUCUCAAGACCUCCACAUGUGUGCUCUUUGACUCGAAAGGCGAGUUUGCUGCCUUUGGAACCGAUGCUGAGGACAAGUACAUUGAACUGGCUUUGAAUGAAGAGCAUCACGACUGGUACUACUUCAGACGGUUCAAGAUGAUGUUGUACAACAACCAGUCUCUUGAUCGGGACCUUGAAAUUGAGGAUGAUGAAGGUAAAAAGAUGCCAGCCAUGAAGGUCUUUUCUACCUGUAUCAGGUAUCUCCGCCAACACAUGACUGAUUCCUGGAGUUCUCGGCUACUGGACAUUCAGGAUGAUGAAAUACAGUGGGUCCUUACUGUUCCUGCGAUAUGGACCGAUAGCGCCAAGCAGUUCAUGAGAGAGGCCGCUUUCAGAGCUGGUAUUACCAGCAAUCUUCUGAUCGCAUUGGAACCAGAAGCCGCAUCAAUAUAUUGCAAGCAUCUGCCUGUCAACAAACGAGCAGGCAACAGCAAAGUCAAUUUGGAUUCCUUUUCUGUUGGAACUAAAUAUCUUGUUUUAGAUGCUGGUGGAGGGACAAUCGACAUUACUGUCCAAGAGGUCCAGGCAGGAGGGCGUCUUCGAGAGGUAUACAAGGCAAACGGUGGGAACUGGGGUGGCACCAGAGUGGAUGAGGCUUUUAUGGAAUUUCUGAGGGACGUCGUCGGAGAAGGCGUUAUGAACCGUUUCAGAUCAGAGUGUCGAGCAGACUACGUGUCGUUAUGUCGCGAUUUCGAAAUUAAGAAACGCACUAUCAAACCAGAAAUGGACCAAAAGAUCACAUUUAAAAUCCCUAUUGCGAUUAAUGAGUUUUAUCAGGAAAUGAAAGGGAGGUCUCUACGAGAGAACUCAGAGGGCAGUAAUUACGGCCACCGCAUUGCCUGGAUAGGAGACAAGUUGAGAGUUGAUUCUGAAAUAGCAAAAGGUCUGUUUAAGGUGACUUGCGAUUCGAUUUUAGAGCACGUCUACAUGAUUUUACAACAAUCAGAGGUAGCCAACACGGAAACAAUUUUGAUGGUUGGCGGAUUUUCGGAGUCUCCAAUGCUGCGAGCUGCAGUGAUGGACAGAUUUCCAGACAAGAGAGUCAUUAUACCAAACGAGUCUGGUUUGUCUGUACUGAAAGGAGCUGUGCUGUUCGGCUUCAACACCACGGUUAUUGCUUCUAGGAUCUGUAAAUAUACGUAUGGUAUAAGCGUUCGAGAUGAUUUCCGCGUAGGAAUUGAUCCAGAAGAAAAAAAAGUAAUGGUAAACGGAAGACCACUUUGCGAGGAUCGGUUUAGCAAGCACGCCGAGGUGGGGCAAUCAAUUGCUUUAGACGAGGCCACACCGGAACAAACGUACCGGCCCUCUGAACCUGACCAAACAAAGGUAGCUCUCAAGGUAUAUGUCACCGAGAGUCUGGAUCCUGAAUACGUGGAUGAUGAAGGCUGUACAUAUUUGGGAAGCCUCACCGUCGACAUGCCUGAUAUAACUGACGGUCUCAAGCGUGUUAUAGGAGCUCAAAUGACGUUUGGAGGGACAGAACUUGCUGUCAAGGCUCGCAAUGUGAAAACCAACGAGGUCACCACCGCUUCAUUGGAUUUUCUCAAUCACGAAAUGUAGUAAUUAAGUUUGCGUAUUCUGAUGCAAUUUUAACUUAUCUGGAGCUAAUCUACUUUUUCUCCUGGUUAACAAUCCUGUUGUGUUGAAACCAUGUUAUUAUAAGCAGAUGCUUCUAUAUCAAACAAAGAUCCUUUUUACAUUAUGUGAUGAACUAUUUAUGAGAGCUUGCUUUUGUAUUCCAAUAAUUUGACAUAAAUUGUUACUUUUCUUUUUUAUGUCAAACUUUUUCUUUUAAUGUUAAAACUUUGUUAUCUCAGUGUGCUGAUAUUUCUUUAUCAUUUUAUAUAACUAUGGAAAUUGUAUGGAUGACAAUUGCUUACAAAAUUACUUAUAGGUUAAUUGCAAUUCGUUGGGAGCGAUUAAAUGAUUAUAUGUAUUAAAGUAUACAAAUUUGUGCAUAUCA